CGCCCGCCGCACUCUGGUGUCCCGGGAGCGGGGGCUGUGUGGGCGCGGAGCGCACCCCAGGACGCGGCUCGACGGCCGGGCGGACCUCCAGCCCCUUCCUCCUCCCCUCCCAGCCGGCCAGUGGGCCGGCGGGCGGAGCGCUCUUGGCCUUUUUUGGGCGUCAACCUCCUCCGCGCCCCGGACCCGCGGGCGGGCGCUCGGCAGGCAGCCGCGGCGGCAGAGGAGUCCGGGAGACCACCCGGGUCCAGCGUGAGCAGCCACCAUGACUGGCAGCAACAUGUCCAAUGCCUUGGCCAAUGCCGUGUGCCAGCGCUGCCAGGCCCACUUUGCCCCUGCAGAGAGGAUCGUCAACAGCAAUGGGGAGCUGUACCACGAGCAUUGCUUCGUGUGCGCCCAGUGCUUCCGGCAGUUCCCUGAGGGGCUCUUCUAUGAGUUCGAAGGCCGGAAAUACUGUGAACACGACUUCCAAAUGCUGUUUGCUCCGUGCUGCAGGACCUGUGGCGAGUUCAUCAUCGGCCGUGUCAUCAAGGCCAUGAACAACAACUGGCACCCCGGGUGUUUCCGCUGCGAGCUGUGUGACACGGAGCUGGCAGACCUGGGCUUCGUGAAGAAUGCGGGCAGGCACCUCUGCCGGCCUUGCCACAACCGGGAGAAGGCCAAGGGCUUGGGCAAGUACAUCUGCCAGCGGUGCCACUUGGUCAUCGAUGAGCAGCCCCUCAUGUUCCGGAAUGAUGCUUACCACGCGGACCACUUCAGCUGCACCCACUGUGGGAAGGAGCUGACAGCGGAGGCACGCGAGCUGAAGGGGGAGCUCUACUGCCUACCCUGCCAUGACAAGAUGGGCGUGCCCAUCUGCGGUGCCUGCCGCCGGCCCAUCGAGGGCCGCGUGGUCAACGCGCUAGGCAAGCAGUGGCAUGUGGAGCACUUUGUCUGUGCCAAGUGUGAGAAGCCAUUCCUGGGGCACCGGCACUAUGAGAAGAAGGGGCUGGCCUACUGUGAGACGCACUACAACCAGCUCUUUGGAGACGUCUGCUACACCUGCAGCCAUGUGAUCGAGGGUGAUGUGGUGUCAGCCCUCAACAAGGCUUGGUGUGUGAACUGCUUCUCCUGCUCCACCUGCAACAGCAAGCUCACCCUGAAGAACAAGUUUGUGGAGUUUGACAUGAAGCCCGUGUGUAGGAAGUGCUAUGAGAAGUUCCCCCUGGAGCUAAAGAAGCGGCUGAAGAAGCUGUCAGAGCUGGCCUCACGCAAGGCCCACCCCAAGGCUGUGGACCUCAACUCUGCCUGAGGCUCUCCUGCGGCCUCCAUUCCCCCUUUUCCUCUCCCCCUCCUGCUGCCUCCCUCCCCGGUUGCCUCCAGCUCUGCGUCCUGCUCAGAGGCCUUG